UAAUGCAGAGGAAACUGGUUUAUCAGGUUCCUCUUUGGUUUGUAAAGCCUGUUUUGGGACCUGUAGCCUGGAGAUUUCUAAGAGAUUUGGGAGGGAUGAAAUCUCCAAUCCUGGGCCCAUAUUUUGGGAGCAGCCAGCACGCUGAUUGCACAGGUGUGUGCAGGCCUCUUUUUUGUGGAGGCCAGGCCAUGAUUCUGAGCUCCACCCCGGCAGAUAGGAGUCAGGAGGGCUCCACCCCGGCAGAUAGGAGUCAGGAGGGCUCCACCCCGGCAGACAGAAGGUCUCUGCUGUGGAGUCAGGUGGGAGCCAGACUAGCUGUGUGCUAGAAGU